UACUGAACUCAGAAUUUACGAGAUUUCCAAGAAGAAUUAAACAUAUUUCCCACAGACUUGUGAGUAAAUUUCCAGACAUACACAGUACUUCUUAGCAAACGUUGGGUGGCUUAGCUUCGGCUUGAUCAACUGCACGUAUACGGAAACAAACGCACAAUCGCUCUGGUGCAAAAGUAAAAACUCUAAUUGGAGUCUGUAUUUAAACAUAAGAUUUCUCUCUCGCUCUCUCUGAAGAAGUUAUUUUCUCUAGCACGGCGUAGAAUUCAUUCCAUAACAUUUGUAAAGUGCUUAAUCCCGCGUCACACACUGUACUAGGGUCUAGUGAGUGACAGAUGUCACGGUACAGAGGUCUCAGUGGGUCGCUGCCCUCCAGGAGCUUAUAAAGAAAAUUUUCCUUCUGCAGUUUUCAGCCGGCUACGCCCAGUUCCCUGCAAGUAAUUUUCAGUGUAGAAAACCCGCAUCUUUUUCCUAGUCCUUGUAAGGAUUCUCGCUUUCCGAUAUCUCUUCGCCUUGAAAACCGAAGUCACUCCGGGAUCUCUCUCAGGACGUUUGGCAGUUAUUCCAGAUGUAGGCGAAUGACCGGCUUGCCCUUAUCCCUGCGGAGUGACAAGAAGACAGAGACCCCGGAAAGUUUCCAGCACUUAGAACACAAAGCGAAGCCUGAACCCACAAGGGGCCGACAACUCUUGCGGCUGCCACCACCCUUCCAUCGCGGAGCCUGAGGAAGCUAAAGCAGUCGGGUCAGAACCGGCCACCCGGGCAGCGCACGGUCCCGGGCGCAGGGAGCCACAGGCUCAGCACCCCCAGCGGCGCGGCGCAGAGAAGUUCCAGGCCAGCCUGCAAACCCGAGUGUGGAGGGGGGAACGAUCCUUUCUUUUGGACUACAAUGACCGGCAAGCAACGCGCCACGGCGCCAAACUCGGCUUCGGGAUCCUGGCGCAAUGAAGCCUGGGAAGUGAAGUCUCCGGACUGUCGGAGUCCCGUAGUGAAGGCAGAAAGUAGGCGUUGCUAGUCCGCUCCACUAGCACGCCGGUUCCUGGCUGGGCUCCGGGUCUCUCGCUCCCGCUCAGGGUUUUCGCGGGCGGCAGGAGCGGUAUGGCUCGCCUGAGUAAACUCCAGCGGGAGGGGGAGGAGGGUAGUGGGUGGGGAGGCGGGGUCAGCGGAAGCUGCAGGUUGCUUCCUUCUCCUCUGGCUCCCUCCCCGCCUCUCCCUGAGGGAGCGGUGGGAGGGGGAGGGCAGGGCAGAGGGAAGGUAGUGACACGUGUCAAUCAACCCCCCUCCGGGGGGCGCGCGCUCCGGGGCUCGCGCCGAGGGCUCGCGCCCCUGCCUCGUGCCUGCGCUGCUCGUAUGUAAAUGAGGGCGCGUGACGCGGGACGCAGAUGGACAAGGGAAGAGAGAGAAUGGCCGCUGCCGCCGCCGCUGCUGCCGCCGCCGCCGCCGCCGCUCAGUGCCGGAGCCCUCGGUGCGCGGCGGAGAGGAGAGGAUUCCGGCGGGAACUCGACUCUUGGCGCCACCGCCUCAUGCACUGUGUAGGUUUUGAGAGUAUUUUAGAAGGGCUUUAUGGACCACGGCUACGAAGAGACCUCAGUUUAUUUGAAGACUGUGAACCAGAAGAGCUGACUGACUGGUCUAUGGAUGAAAAAUGUUCAUUUUGUAACCUACAGAGAGAAGCAGUCAGUGAUUGUAUACCAUCUCUUGAUUCUUCACAGUCAACACCAACAGAGGAGCUAUCAUCUCAGGGCCAGUCCAACACUGAUAAGAUUGAAUGCCAAGCAGAAAAUUACCUAAAUGCACUCUUUCGAAAGAAAGAUCUUCCUCAGAACUGUGAUCCUAACAUUCCCCUAGUUGCUCAGGAAUUAAUGAAAAAGAUGAUACGUCAAUUUGCGAUUGAGUACAUUUCAAAAAGUGGUAAAACUCAAGAGAAUAGAAAUGGUUCAAUUGGACCAAGUAUAGUAUGUAAAAGUAUCCAAAUGAAUCAAGCAGAAAACUCCCUUCAGGAAGAACAGGAAGGCCCCUUAGACCUCACUGUGAAUCGAAUGCAAGAACAAAAUACUCAGCAAGGGGAUGGAGUGUUAGAUCUCUCUACAAAGAAAACCAGCAUAAAAUCUGAAGAGUCAUCCAUAUGUGAUCCUUCUUCUGAAAAUUCAGUGGCUGGGAGACUACACAGAAACAGAGAGGACUAUGUGGAAAGAAGUGCUGAGUUUGCAGAUGGUUUGCUCUCAAAAGCUUUGAAAGACAUUCAGUCUGGAGCACUGGACAUAAAUAAAGCAGGCAUACUUUAUGGCAUACCUCAAAAAACUUUACUUCUUCACUUAGAAGCCUUACCAGCAGGGAAGCCUGCAUCUUUUAAAAACAAAACUCGAGAUUUCCAUGAUAGUUAUUCAUAUAAGGACAGUAAAGAAACUUGUGCAGUGCUGCAAAAAGUAGCCUUGUGGGCAAGAGCUCAAGCAGAGCGCACAGAAAAAAGUAAACUCAAUCUACUUGAAACCUCAGAAUUAAAAUUCCCAACAGCUUCCACUUACCUCCAUCAGCUAACUCUACAGAAAAUGGUCACUCAGUUUAAAGAAAAAAAUGAAAGCCUCCAAUAUGAAACUUCAAAUCCUACUGUACAGUUAAAAAUUCCUCAGCUACGAGUAAGUUCUGUCUCAAAAUCACAACCUGAUGGUUCUGGUCUGCUGGAUGUUAUGUAUCAAGUUUCCAAAACCUCUUCAGUCCUAGAAGGAUCAGCUCUCCAAAAACUGAAAAAUAUACUCCCUAAACAGAACAAAAUAGAAUGUUCUGGGCCUGUAACUCACUCAAGUGUUGACUCUUACUUUCUACAUGGGGACCUCUCUCCUUUGUGUCUUAAUUCUAAAAAUGGAACAGUUGAUGGAACCUCUGAAAAUACUGAAGAUGGAUUAGAUCGAAAAGACAGUAAGCAGCCCAGGAAAAAACGUGGCCGCUAUCGGCAAUAUGAUCAUGAAAUAAUGGAAGAAGCUAUUGCAAUGGUAAUGAGUGGAAAAAUGAGUGUUUCCAAAGCACAAGGAAUUUAUGGGGUACCUCACAGCACUUUAGAAUACAAGGUAAAAGAAAGAUCUGGAACACUGAAGACUCCUCCGAAGAAGAAACUACGAUUACCAGACACUGGGUUAUAUAAUAUGACAGAUUCAGGGACUGGCAGCUGCAAAAACAGCAGCAAGCCUGUGUAGAUUACUUGUUAGGAAAAUGUGUGUGUGUGUGUGUUUGCGUGUGUGUGUAUGUGCACAGGUGUGUAUUUGUGUGUCUAUAUACACACAUGUGGGAAUUACAAAUGCUCACUCUGACAGGAGACAUGAAAUUUUACAGUUCAAAAACCACUUACAUGCCUUUUGAAAAAAAGUUUUAUUCAGGGUUUUCACUGUGGACAGAAUUAUAUAGUUGCUUACUUAAUUCUGAUAGUUUGUAUUUAAUCCUUGUAUAAAUAGGUGAAAAAGAUUCAGGUUUUCUUUAGUAGUCAAUAGCAUAAAGCGUUGUGGGAAAACGAGUAAUUGUCAAGUGAAACAUUUUUAUUGGUGAAAGACCAUUCCAGCCAUUCAGUUGAACCAUCUUAUAAUGGAAAUAUGGUAUUAAUAGUUUAUGAACAUUCUAUACAACAUACUUAACAGUUGUUGUAUGUAUGUCAAACAACCAAUCAAAGUUUAAAUAGACAGCUAUCUCCAUACUAAGAAAAAUUAAUAUAUACAGUAUUAGUACACUACAGUGCAUUCUAUGAAAUACAAAAUGCACUCAAGUGCAUCCACCAGGAAUAGAAAAGAAAACCUUAAAGGAUAUGUAUAAUGAAAUUUAAUAUUUAUCAUUUAAUAGUUGAUUUAGCAAGAAGUUGGGGUUUAUAAGGUAUAUACUUAAAAAAAAAAACUGACACAUAGUUAACCCCAGCAGCUAUAGAACCCUUUAAUAUAAGAUGGAGUACUAAGAACAAAAAAUAAUUUAAAUUUAAUUAUUAAAAUAAUUUAGUUUUGUUUUUCAUUUGAAAAAUAAGCUAAUGUGUAAGGUUAGAAAAGAAAGUUGGAAUGCAACUUAGAGCAUGUUUAUAAUGUGCACAGAAAAAGCUUGAGAAUGAUAAUUUUGGUUUAAAUGUGCUGGUUAGUUGAUGUUAUGACUACUUUAAAUUUUAAGGAUUGUGACACACUCCUACUAUUGAAAAACCUCAGUGUAACUUUAAUAUAUUUGCUGCUGUGACAUUUCAAAACAUUUUCAGUUUAUCAAAAUGAAUUGCAGAUUUCAUUUUGGUGGGCGAUACAUUAUCAUUUUGCUAAUAACCAAAUUUGCAGUUUGUUCAGGGUCUUGAAUAGAUUUACAAAUAUUUAACACUGAAGCUGUUUUGAACUUUCAGUAAUGUAAACUCUACUAAUUGGGUAGUUAGAAGCUGGGCAGUGCAUUUUAACUUUUACUAGACUCAUAAGAGAGACUGGUCAUUUUUACAUAGCAGUUUUAAAAUAUGGGUCAAAGUAUCCUUGUUGGAUUUAUGGAGUAUGCAACUGUAGUGGUAAAAUGUUAUAAAGCAUAUGCCUUCAUAUAAAGAAUAGGGAUUUGCUUUAUGUAUUCAAAAUUCUCUGAGUGCCCCCUUUCUCUGUUAAAAUUCAGGUUCUGAUCAUUUUUCUAAGCCAGUUUUCCUAAGUCCAAAAGGAAUACUUUUAGCUGAAUUUUAAAAAUAAGUGCACCUUGUCAAAUACUUGUGUUUUUACACUUGUGUUUGUGUGUAUUUAAUAAUCACAUAUACAUGUAAUACUAAAGAGAUUUUCAGCUAUUAAAUUUUAAAACUGCUUACAUGUUUAAAGAAACUGAAGAGUGAGAAACUACACAACCAAGCAGUUAUUUGGUCUCUGAGAUCUAUACUGAACCCUCUUCAGCUAUUAAUGUUACCUACACACUAGGGUAUGAAUCCUCUUUUUUUUUUCAACCCAAGAAAAUAUACAUCAUAGAUUACAGAACAGCAGAUGUCAGGGUCAUCUUUCUUUUUAAAGAAUUAAGCCAUAUUUUGUGAGGGCCAGAACUUGGAUUAUUUAGUAUAUUUCCCCUUCCCCCAAUGAAAAACAAAGUUAAAAGUAAAGUACAUAUUUCAAAACAAUUUUAUUGACCUCUUUAUACAGAAUUUUACUUGGAAAACUUUGGGGGCUUUGAAUGCAUUACAUAAUAUUUAUAUUGUAUUGAGCUUUUUUAUUCCUCACACUAUAUUUACAUUAAUAAAUUGAUUAAGAAGUUUAUAGUAAAGGGAAACUUACAGAACACUUUUGUAUCAUUUAAAAGAUGACCUGACCAAAAACUUCACAGGAUUCAUAAAUCAGGGAUCAUUUUGCUAUUGACUUCACAGUAAUCAGUAGUUUUAUAGGUAAUAUUAUAGUUAAUUUGCAGCAUUUUAGUACUUGUAUUAUUUAUUUUUGGUCAGAAAUAGUAAAUUAAAAUAUUUUUUGAUAGUUUAUAGGUAAUAAUCAACCCAUAACUUUUAAAAGAAACAAAACAUUUCUAUUAUUGAGUUAACAUUUGAUUAUACAAACUAGGAAAGGCAGGGAAAUUCCCCUUCUCCCCAGUGGUUCUAUUAAGAUGACCUUUAUGUUAAACUUUCAAAGUACUUUAUGAAUUUAGUUACCAGUUACUAUUUAUUAAUUGACAAUUUUCUGAAAAAUCCCAUUUCAGCAGACUUAAUGAAGGUGAAAGCAAUCCUUAUGUGCUUUCUACUUAUUUGAAUGUUCCUCAAGUAUUUUAUAUUUAAAAAAAAAAAAAAAGAAGGAAAAGAAAAAACAGUGCCUCUGUUUUUAGAAAACUACUGCUCAGUAAAGUUGUUUAAACCAUUUCUGGUAGCUAAUGACAAUUUUAUAUUAAAUUGUAUACUAACUUUAGUGAGACUGAUUUUUUUAGUUGUUUACAGUACAAAUACUUGUAUUUGUUUUUUAAUUGCAGUAUUUCCAUUGUCGCAGUAAUUUAGUAAAACUCUGUGGCUGCCUUGAUUUUGACAGAUUUUGUUAAUAUAAACUGAUUGUUAGGCAAUUAGUUAUAUUUAUGCAUAAAUCAAUUGCACUAUAAUUCAUGAAUUAUUUAUUACAAUAUUUUCUAAUGAAUUCAUGUAUCUGUCUUGUGUUGUAAAUGUACUGUAAUUCUGUUCCUACUUUGUGUUGUUAUAUAUCUAAAUCUGAUUGUAUGAAUUUUAAUUGUUCAGUUAACGUGUUUCUAGGUUGUAAUUUGUAGUAAAGCACUUCAAUGCUUUUGCACUUAAAUUUACAACACUGUUGGUGUGUGAUUGAUUUACUCAUUCAGUAAAAGAAAAAAAGAAAAGAAAAGAAAAAACUGACUACACUGACUUCUUUGAUUUACUUUAGGAGGUAGUUUUAUUAAAUAUAGUAUUCUAAUUUACUUUUUCUGAAGAAAUAUUCCAACAAGUUUCUAAUGGGCAAAAUGGAUAGUCACUUACUAAAAAUAGGCAGGAUGUUUGGUUUAUAAAUCAAACAGGAAAAGAUUAGAAAACUUUAAAAGCAAAGGAUCUACCAAAAAAAUACAAUUUUAGAACCUUGUAUAAUCACCCGAGAAUAAUUCUAGGCUGGAUACUUACCUGUGCGUUCAACUAUUAUUUACUCAUUACUAGGUUUUUAUUUAAGAUCUUAACAUGCAACAAAUAUGGGGGAAAAUGUUUGAAGCCAAAUAAGCAUAUUGUGAAGUUCUAUAAUUUGAGAUCUUAGUUUUCUGCUAUCUGAUACAUAAGAUAGAAUCUAAUAUCUGUAUAUCUAAUUUAUACCUUUAUUAAGCUGUUCUUAUAGCAUUAGAUGGGAAUUACUGGCUACCAUAGUAUUUUUGAAAUUCCAUUAUUAAUAAACUGAAUAAGAAAACUCUAAAAGCUUUGCUUAGAAUGUCAGAAGAGGGAUAUAAAAAGUGGUUUUGUAAUUUUGUGAGUUUAAUCAAGUUGAUAUUACACCAUUGUUUCAGAAUACUUAACACUAGUCAUUAGUUUUUAUUAUUUAUACCGCAUACCUGGCUUUAUUAACAAAAAAAAAGGCCUUUGAGCAUUUCAGGAAGAGUUAUGAAUGGUUAUUAAUCUUUAAAAUACAACAUAUUUUUCCAAGAAACAUGUAAAUUCUUUGUUAUGCCAUAACAUCACUUUAGAAACUGCUGAAGUGCAUCUCUCACAACAUUCUGGGUUUUCUUUUGCUUGUGUGAAAAUAGUCAUUUUUAAUUUGCUGGAAAAUAAUAUAAUUAUAUCGUAAUCUUUGAUAGUUAUCAUUUCUUCCUGCCCUUGCUCUCUACAUGUAUUUUUUAAAACUAUCUGAUUGAAUCCUGGGAGUCAAUUGCAUGGUUUUACACUCCCAACCAUGACAAAAUUUAUAAAAAAUUAUUUUCAAAAAGGAAAGGAUACUAGGGUCAUGUCCUAUCUUCAUCUGUCUACAGGCAGCAGUGGACUUUAAAAGUUUUAUUGUAAUUUCAUAUCUCUUCUCACUUUGUUUGAUAGCUUCUUUAUGUCAAAUCACUAGUUUUAGUGAAACCUUGGUUGAAUCUAGUAAAGUUAAUCUUUUUUUCCAGAAAAGUUUUGAUCACGUUUAAAAUUUGCUUUCUUAUUUUUGCUACUCAAAUAACAUAAUUUUUAUAAAAUAUAAGUGAAAUAUUACUUAUCUCUGAAACAGGCUAUAUCAGUUUUAGGCAGCAAAAUAAAAAUAUUCCACUUCCUGUUUUAAAGUAAAAAUCUUAUAAUUUUUAAUAUAGAUGAGCAUAAAAAUUCUGUAGUUAAGCAAAAAUACAUUCUUCAAUAGUAAUUCAUAAUCAGCAUUAUUCCAACCUUAAAUAAAAUUUCUAGAAAUCAGGAACUAUUAAAAACAACAAAUGUAAUAAACUGUAAGUGAAAGGCAAUUUUCAUGUACAGAGUUUGGUGAUAUGUUUAAUUAAAAUAGAUACUUUUCUGAAACAGAACUCUUUAAAUAUAUUUUAUUCUUCCUGCUGCUGGUAUUGGAUUAAAAAAAAAAAAAUUGUAGACUUCUAUAUUGGUUGAUAAGCAAGCCCGGUUCUUAGUUCAAGUUAGAUGUAUAUUAGUUUCUGUAGUGGGCCAUUUUCCGGCAUUUGAAACUUAAUAAUUAGGUAAGUAAUGCCUUUAGCUUUUAUGAAAUUACUUUAGUAUUUAACAUCAAUUAAAAAUAGAUUUUAUUUUUAAAUAGCUAACGCCUGCAGCUUAAUCUUAGGCAGGACAUUCUCUUAUUUACAUAAAAUCUAAAUCCCUUAAUUUUCCUUGUGAUUAUGGGAAGCUUUUACUAUUUUCACUGCCUUGGAAAAAAUAUCUAUUUUAAAUAAAGAUUGUACUCCU